AUGUGGCGACUGGAGGUUCGACACAACGCGCUGCUCGACGUCCCUGAGAAAGCUUUCUUUGGCGUCGAGCGGUCACUGUCGGAGCUUGAUCUGCAGUAUAACGACCUCAUUCGACUCCCCAGAGACGCCCUCAGGAGGCUACGCAAGCUGAAAACGCUCGACCUCACAGGUAACUAUAUCUCUGACCUGACGGUUGAGGACUUCGAAGGCUACGAAACCUCGCUACAGACACUGGUGCUGGCUGAGAACUCCCUCACCACACUGCCGGGAGCCAUCUUCAAGACGCUGGAGAACCUCAGAACCAUCAACCUCAGAGGAAACAACAUUAUGACUAUCAACACCAGGGCUUUCCACGGAUCGACGAGCCAGCUGGCGCACAUCAACCUGGGCAACAAUUUGCUUCCUGCCAUUCCCUUUGAGGCUAUGGCCGAAGUGCGCAAUCUACAGACUCUCAACCUGGAGAGAAACCGCAUAUCCCAUACCUUCGAAGUCCUCUUCACCGGUUCUCUUUUCUUAGAUACGCUAGUUCUCGACUUCAAUCAAAUCGAGACACUUCCUCCAUACUCCUUUCAGAACUUCGGGACUGUGAAUCGUACUUCCCUCAGAGGAAACCCGCUUACUCAUAUCAGCGAUGACGCUUUUAAAGACGCUAAAAUCAAAGAACUCUAUCUCCACGAUUCUGAUUUGUGGAGCAUUUCGGAUAAUGCCUUCCGGGGCCUAGAGUCAACGCUUCAGAUGCUCGACCUUAGCUACAAUAAUCUGUCUUUCAUUCCCCCUCAGGCCUUCGACAGACUUGACACCCUCCGCUCCCUCUCUCUCAGCAAUAACAAAAUCUCUCUAGAUCCAGCUGAGGCCUUCAACGGGUUCCGUUACACUUUGCAGUACCUCAACCUCCUGGGAGACAAUAUGGGUCCCAUUCCAAUGGAUAAGCUAAAAGAGAUGAGGAACGUCCGGACUCUUGGCUUGAGCACUCUUCCAGAUAAGUCCCUCUCCAAGGAAGACUUCAAAGGCUUCGGUCCAGCCGUCGAGAAGCUCUACCUCAUGAAAAAUGGCAUCACUGGAAUCUCCAGCAAUGCUUUUGAGCACGUCCCUGGGGUUAAGAUCUUGGACCUCUCGAACAACAGAAUUGUAUCAUUUGACAACGAUGCCUUCGGCAACAUCGGAGGAGGACUAGAAGAACUUCGUUUCAGCUCGGGGCUGUUGAUGAGUCAGCUGCCAUCCCAGCCCAUGCAAGCCUUGGUCAACCUACGAGAACUUGAUCUCAGUAACAACGCCCUCACGAAGGUCAGCGGCGAGUGUUUCCGCACCAUGAGACAACUUAGAAACCUCAACAUUCAGGAUAACAAGAUUGAUUCCCUUAGUCGUAACCAUUUCGAAGGUCAAUUUCACCCCUAUCUCGAGUCCAUCCAGCUCUCUUUCAAUUCCAUCAAGAAGAUCAAGCCUCAGACAUUUCAUGAUUACAGGAACUUGAAGUAUCUUUACCUAGAUGAUAACCAAAUCAAUAUAAUUCAGAAUUCUGGUUUCUCAAACUUAGAGAGCCUGGAACAUCUUGAUCUAGAAGGUAACAACAUCAAACUUUUAGAAUACGAGGCCUUCCAAAAUCUUCCGAAGCUCCGUUACCUCGAUCUCUCCUUUAACGAGAUGGACAAUUUGAAUCUAGAUGCCUUCGAACAAGUGGGAACACUCUCCACAUUGACCAUCGAUGCCAGCCACAACUGCAUUCCCAACCUGAAGACAAACGGCUCUAAGUGGAACUCCUACUCUAGCAUCAAGAUGAUUGACUUCAGCCAUAAUAACAUCAGCUGGAUUUCCGGUGAUUAUUUUGAAUCGGUGAGAUCUUCCAUUGUGCACCUUUGGUUCCACCACAAUAACUUGAGGAAUAUCAGCGCCAGCGUCUUCUCCAACUUCACUCAGCUUCAGCUCCUGGACUUCGCCCACAAUCACAUCAAAGAGAUCGACCACGAAGCCUUUCGAGAUACCCGUCGUCUGCAAUACAUAAAUCUUCGUCAAAAUAACUUGGUCGACCUACCCUCAACGCUCUUCGAGAACCACCAUCGUCUGCGUCACUUCGAAGUGUCUUUUAAUGAGCUUCGCAGCAUUCCCGACGGCCUCUUCAAGUCUGCGCCGCUGGAGAUCUUCCGAGCUCGCAAUAACCGCUUCACCAAGUUUCCCGACACCAGCCUCCAACGAUGCGCAGACAACAUCCGGGUAAUUGACAUAGCCUACAACGAGAUCUCAUCCCUAACGGAUUCCAUGUUGGGCCGCUUCGACAACCUGGUGUUUCUCGACGUCUCCCACAACCAUAUAAAGAGCCUCGAAUCUCAAGCAUUCCGAGGAACUUGGCACCUCACAGUGCUGGAUGUAUCACAUAACCCCGUCAAGGAUAUGCAGGGAUACAUCUUCGACGGUCUUCAGGAGUCCUUGAUGAACCUGAGUGUAGCCAACACCUCCAUCAGCGCCGUGCCUGACUUCGACCUACCUCGCCUCAUGCAUCUCAAUAUCUCUCACAACAUCCUUACCUUCCUUCCCUCCGUCACCAUGGCCAAUCUCUCUUCCAUCAGAGUACUGGACAUUUCCUACAAUGAGUUGCCGGUGCCGGCCAACAAUGCCUGGCAGAUGUUGCCUCGUCUUAGGGAACUCUACAUGCCUAGGAACCCAAUCAGAACACUUACCAACGACUCCUUCAUAGGACUGGAGAGACUUGAAGUGCUCGACAUUAGAGAUUUCCCACUCCAGGUGUUUGAGGCUGGCUGCUUCGUUUCACUAACAUCACUGCGCCGUCUCUACAUGACAACUCACCCCAACAUGCCAAAGUUCAACCUGGCCCAAGCCCUACAUAACGUGCCUUCGUUGCAGGAACUCAACCUCGAGAAAAGAAAAAAAGAGAGAAAAAUCCUGACGGUAUUUGAUUCUAUGGGUUUCCUGCAGGAGCUGAGAGCCCGGGAGCUACAGCUCACCUUCUACCAGACCAGAAUGGAAGAAGUCCCCAGUGAUGUCUUCAGAAAUCUGGGCAGAGUCAAGUUUGUGGCGGUAUCAGCGGUGAACAACACAAUGAAGAAGCUAGGUGAGCCGUCAAGCACGGGCUACCCAGGGGAACCCCACUCAGUCUUCCUCACUGACCUACGUAUGCAUAACAACAAGUGGAACUGCGACUGUGGCAUUGGAUGGAUCGAGGGAUGGUUGAAAAAGUGGCGCCAGUCUGUGUGUGUGGACAAAGGCCGCCUGGAAGAGUACCUCCACUGCCAGGACACAGUUCACCGCCUCCGUCAGACUCCCUGCAGCAACAAGAAGGACAAGUCCAUCAUGGAGGCCCUUAAAACAGACCUUGAGUGCGGGUCUACGGGCGCUGCUUCCUAUGUAACUCCAUCGUCCUUCCUGUCUCUGCUGCUGGCGUCUCAUUUCGUCCUGAGGACGCCUUAACUGCCAGGAGGCGCAGACGGGCAGGGCCUGAAUACGUCGGUCUUGCGUCCAGGGGUGUUUUUUAGUCAGGUUACUUAGUUAAGAGUCCCCUUUUCAUGUCGAGUAUGCAUUGUAGGCGCGGGCAACAUACUCAGGUAAAGACUGAGCAGCCGAAGAACACCUAGGGUGUGAAUCAGUGACUGGAGAACACCAGGAUCAUGACCCAGUGACUGGAGAACACUAGGAACAUGACCCAGCGACUGAAAAACAUCACAAACGUGACCCAGCGACUGAAGACCACCAGAAACAUGACUCAGUAACUGGAGAACACCCAGCGACUGCGGAGCACCAGGAACAUGACCCAGUGACUGAAGAAUACUAGGAACAAAACACAGCGAUUGGAGAGCACCAGGAACAUGACCCAACGCAUGUUGAAGGCCAUCAAAUGACACCCCCAAAAACAGAAUCAAAGCAGCAACACCAGGUGCAGAACACACCGAGCAUUAAAAAUAGGUUGGACUCGUAUAUGAUAAAAGGGGUUGGAUUAAAGAAGGCCUACUGCAAUGUUCCUCCAUCGUAAUACUCUUACGUGUCUUCAAGUUCUGUCAAACACAAGCAUAAUAGUCGUGUUGUACAUGAAUGGUAUACAUUACCGACAAGAUGAAAAUUAGACACACGCGCAACAUCUGGGUAUCUUUAUUGUAGACGUUUCGCCAACCAGUGACUUUAUCAAUACAAAUUCAUGGACACAAUUGGAAGAAAGUUUUUCUUUUUCGGGCCACCCUGCCCUGGUGGGAAUCGGCCAGUGUGAUAAUAAAAAAAAAUAAAAAAAUUGGAAGACAGUAGAACUAUAUACAAAAGAUGAGGUAAUAGUCCCUCGACCUUGGAAUUGAAGAGCCGAUAUCGUAGUCGUGAGUCUGAAGACAAAGAUACCCAGAUGUUGCACAUGUCUAAUUUUCAUGAUAGGCGUGUUGUUCUCACACCAUGGAAAGACUCAAGUUAAUAUGGAAGAUGAACUCUCAAAGAUCAGUGUUACGUUCUUCCAGAAUGGAGGACUGGAACGCCACUUCUGGAAGCGCACUCGACAAGUCUGACAACAGAGAAACAAAGGCAAAACUAAUGACGAAGUUACCUCAUCCCGUCCAACUUUGGAAAUGUUAAAAGCACAUCCGAAAACAAUGACUGUGUGCAGGAGACAAAUCAACCGAUGAGAUGAAAAGAACAGAACAAGAAUGGCCUAUUGGCCUUGUAUGGGCCAGUAAGCCUUCUGCAGUGCUCAUUCUUGUGUUCUUUAACGACUCGCAUAUUUUAAUCUAAACGAACAGAUCACUCUAUUUGAUCAGUCACUAUGAAGUGCGUGGUCAUACUACCCACCUUCCCCCAACAUGAUGUGAGUUUUCCGACCAAACUACAAUAUAGACCUAAUAAGAUCAUACAUGCAUUAGGUCUCUCUACCAAACCACUGUAUAGAGCAAAGAUGGGCAGUUAUUUUGACUGGCGAGCCACGUCACCUGCUUAAACAAGCUUUACGGAACACUUUUGUUGAUAAAUUGUUAUUGUUUUAUUUAAUAAGGUCGACUACGCCGUUGUUGGAGGUGAAGUGUUGAGACCAGACUACUGUACAGAGCCUAGUCAUCUCUCAUGCAGUGUGAAGACCAGACCACUGUACAGAGCCUAGUCAUCUCUCAUGCAGUGUGAAGACCAGACCACUGUACAGAGCCUAGUCAUCUCUCAUGCAGUGUGAAGACCAGACCACUGUACAGAACCUAGUCAUCUCUCAUGCAGUGUGAAGACCAGACCAUUGUACAGAGCCUAGUAUCUCUCAUUCAGUGUGAAGACCAGACCACUGUACAGAGCCUAGUAUCUCUCAUUCAGUGUGAAGACCAGACCACUGUACAGAGCCUAGUCAUCUCUCAUGCAGUGUGAAGACCAGACCAUUGUACAGAGCCUAGUCAUCUCUCAUGCAGUGUGAAGACCAGACCACUGUACAGAGCCUAGUAUCUCUCAUUCAGUGUGAAGACCAGACCACUGUACAAAGCCUAGUCAUCUCUCAUGCAGUGUGAAGACCAGACCACUAUAUAGAGCCUAGUCAUCUCUCAUGCAGUGUGAAGACCAGACACUGUACAAAGCCUAGUCAGCCCCGGCCUACUGGAGUUUCAGCUGGAUACUACUUAAUAAUGAAGUUCACUUAGCAGAUGUUCAUGUGUUAUCUGUUAUGAGUAGUGAUAAUGAUUCUCGUUGAUAAAUUAGACACAUGUGCAGCUCUUGGGUAUCUUUAUUGAGGAAACGUUUCGCCACACAGUGGCUUCAUCAGUCCAUACAAAGGAGAAUCUUGAAGAACAGGAGGAGAAUGAGGUAAUCAGUCCCUCAACCUUGAGUCGAUGUGGUCAGUCCAUCAAUCUUGAAUAGAAUACGGCAUAAGUGCGGAGAAGGAGCUUAUAAACCCUAGGCAGGAGAGGUGCAGCAGUCAUAGGUGGUGUCACAUUUGUAUGGACUGAUAAGCCACUGUGUGGCGAAACGUUUCCUCAAUAAAGAUACCCAAGAGUUGCACAUGUGUCUAAUUUAUCAACGUGUCGGUUCUCUGAACCAUUGAUCUACGAUAAUGAUUCUCCUAGUGAGGAGCAGUGUUCAUUCUCUCUUCCACUGUCUCUUCCUCCUCUCCCACACUUCUUUUUUCUUCCUCCUCCUCCAAUAUCUUCGCAUUUCCAUCGUAUAUUUUCGUUUCCCUUCAUUGAGGAAUUAAAUUCAACCUAAGACUAAAAAAUAUUCCAAGGAAUCAUGUAUAUAUAUAUAUAUAUAUAUAUAUAUAUAUAUAUAUAUAUAUAUAUAUAUAUACAUACAUUCAGCAUAUAGAUCAUGUUUUUCAUAAGGAUCAGAAUCCUGAAGAUUGGAGUCAGAUUCUCAACCUUAAAGUCGCAGUUUAUAAUAAUGAUGAUAAAAGCCUAGUCACGUCUAGCCUAGUCUUCCCAGCAGGACACCUAUCAUAAGUACGGUGAUCACGGUAUGUUAUUGUGAGAAAUUCGUCUUUAUUGUCCCGUGUUGAUUCCCGCCACAUGAGAGCUGUAUUAUAAAUAACUCGUAUGACUAAUGUUGACUGAAAUAUAAUUUGACUAUUUUUUGUGAUGAUUUGGACGUAAACUGAGUAAUUAUUUUAGCGACUUUCAGUAUGUGUAUCUUAACCAUUUGACGAAACGUCCUAUAUUUUGAGACCUGUUUUUACUCUUCCUAUUUUGAAAGUAGAUUCAUUUUGACCAGUUGUUUUAUGUAUAUUAAGACACCAGCUACCCCCCCCCCAGUGUAUAGAAGAUAUAUUUAGGAUUUCUAUAAUGUUGUCAUAAGAUGUAUACUGAAUGAAUCGUGUUAUUGAACCCAGCCAUACAUUAUCACUGUCGUGAAUGACAGGAAUUUGUUUGUCUCAGUGUCUUACAAGAGAGAUGUGUAGGGUAAGUGAGUGAGUAAGUUAAGUGAAUAACUGCUGAGUAACACUUGAAUAUUAUAGAAGGUAGUGUAGGAGAAUACUUGUGUAUACCUCCCUCAAACACCCAUCUUCAUAUUACAUGUACACACAUACACACACACAUAUACACACACACAUACACACACACACACACACACACACACACACACACACACACACACACACACACACACACACGCACACGCACACGCACACGCACACACACACACACACACACACACACACACACAUAAACUGAUACAAACCUCCCACAGGAGCUGUGAAUCGACCCCUGCAACCACAAUUAGGUGAGUACACACUCAUACAACUCCACUCCUCACACAUGCUCAUACAACACACACACACACACAACACACACACCCACACUCACACAACUCUACACACACUCAUACAACCCCCUCCACACAUACACAACCCCACACACUCAUACAACUCUACACACACUCAUACAGCCCCCUCCACACACUCAUACAACCCCCUCCACACACUCAUACAGCCCCCUCCACACAUACCCUACCUCUUCAGUCCUCUACAUCCCACCCUUCCCUACCUCCUGCCGUUCCUCUCCAUCUCUCCCUUCACAUUCCCUCCCUCUAAGAGUGACACACCUCUCGGCAUUUAAAGUUACCUGAGAACAAUUUACCGUUAGCCAUCUUUUUACCUCAUUUAUUCGUGGAUAGAAAUAAACUGUAUGAUACA